AGGGAGGGCGGGACGUCUGCGCCUUUUCGGUACAACAACAGAAAGCUCAGAGCGUCAUUGUUCAACUGGAGAAAAAUUGUCUGCUCGAAAUUUUCUCCUCUGCUUUACAAGCAAAACAAGGUCUUUGGGUGUUAGCUAUCCAGAUGUUUGCCACAGCUGCCAGAAACUUUGUAGAGGAGGUGGAUCAUGGAGGUGUACUGAUCCCGGUGUCUGGCCUGAAUGACACUAUUAAUCUUCUGACAGUGGUGGUGAAGCGUAAACGUUUCUGGAAGUGGCAGAGGCCCAAGUAUCUACCCACGGAUUUUAACCUUAAUGAUCUACUUACAGGAGACACACCUAUAACGCCAGUUUCCAUCGAGACAGACUUCAUAAAAUACAAUGGGACUUUUGGUGACAACAUUCAGGGAUCUGUCGAUGCAAAUAUUCUUGAUUAUUCCAGUUUUAAAUUGGAAAGCAAAGACACCUCCAAACUCCAAUCAUCAUUUGGAAACUUGAAGAAAGAGGAAGUGGAUGUUCAGAAACUGCUGCGAGACACCAAAGGCAGGCUCUUAGACAUGUCCCAUGAUCUGGUUCAUCAGACGAUGGUGAAGCCCAGGCAGGUGUUUGGGAUUGUAAAGGAGAGGAUUUUGACCACCCAGCCGAGCUCCGUCAUAGAGGAGGUGCAGCAGGGGGGACAGUGUGGAGGAGGACUGAGCUUCUGUGGACCAAAGAGCUCGAAGGUUUCCCUGAAGGAGAAUGGGAGCUUGAACAAAGACAGUAACAUUACAAUGGAGAUACCCGUCCAUACUACCCUCGCCUACGCCCUUAUAGAACUAGAAAUCAAACAUGACGGACGCUUUGAGCUGUGUCUAAUGUCAGACACCAAUGGAGGUUUUGAAGUAGACGGCCUGGCUGGAGAAACAUUGUUGCUUGUUUCAGAGGCUUCUUUGUGCACCUCUGAAAAUAACCACCUAAGAGAAGAGCUGGAGCAACUGAGAGAUCAUUUCAAUCUUCUUUCCUCUCUUCCUGCCCCCACAAGGUCCUCUCUGCUCCAACACUUAACAAAGGUGAUGGAGGACAAAGAGGCAGUCAGUUCACUUCAGCAUGUGUUGGAAUGGAUGCGCCUUAAUGAGAAACCUUCACUGGAUGAAGUCAGGGCCACAGACCCUUAUAAGCAGAACAUCAAAGCUAUCGUGGACCUUUUGGAGCAGGCAAAAUCAGCUCAGGAAAACAAGCCCACAUCUGUCCUCAGCGCUCUUCACCUCAUUACCAGUGCCAUAGAUGAGAUGUCACAUGAAUGUCAUGCUAUCUUGGGAGUGUGCUGCAAUCUCACAGGGUUACAGACUUUGGAGCGACUGGUUCACUGUGUAUCAGGGAAUGGAGAGUUACCUGUUGGCAGUGCAGGUGUAGCUGCAUCAACAGAAGACAUCUUUGAAAAGAUUAAACAUCUGUUUGCCUCUUCAGAAGUGUCCCUGAAGAGAGACGGGGACGAAUUGAAGACAGAAAUACACACCCAGGCAGGAAACCAUCCUCUCGUUCUGUGUAUCGCUGUCAAAGGUCUUGCAUCAUUGGCCAAAGAAGGUUAAACGAAAUAUUCUAUCGCUGGGAUGGAAAAGUGUUUUUAAGUGUUUUCUAUUUUUUUACAUAAUGGAAGGUUCUCUAAAAUCCUGAUUUGUACUGCUGCUUAGUCUCUGGUCAAUCAACAAGCAAACAUGGACCAAUGACAUUCAUCAAAAGUUUUGACAAUCAUUUAAGGCUGUGGUCACGACCCCCAAUGAUGGCACUUUUGCUGGGGCAACCUUUGUGAAUACCAUUAAGUCUUAAGAUGACACACUGCCUGCCUACAAGAGCCUCCUAGCAGGAUCCUGACUGCCCUAUAAGACAAAUGAUGUUGUAUAAUAGGAGGGGGUUCUGAACCAUGAGCUCGGGACCCUAAGGAUGAGAACUCACUUAGUUACAAAGGUAUGAAUUUUGGACUGUUUGCUUAGUAAAACAGGCAUCUUGAAGAAAUCAACCCAUGUUUUUCUAUAAGUAAUUUAAUGUCCCUUUUAUAUAGAAACUAAUAGGGAUGUGCUGAUUCAUCAGUUUGACUUCAGAAAAACAGACUCAUUUACAAAGCAAUCACUAAAUACGUUCAACAUGCAUGUGUAAAAAAACACUAACAGCUCUGAUUUCCCCAACAAGUGCAUGUCUCUAAACAAGUCAUUAUAAAUGUGAAUGUAAAGGUUUUGAUUAAGAUUUAGGUUUAUAAACCUGUACACUGUACACUGAUUAUAUUAAUCCACACCCAAGAGCCAAUCAAAUGUGGACAUGUUACGUGUAACUAACUGGGGAUAAAUAUGCCAACAACUGAUGUCGGCUUCUUGAGCACAGUCUUCAAUCUGAAGAUUUUUUGGUGGGCUUCACUGCCUUUAUUUGAAAGAUAGACAGUAGAUAGAGCUGGAGAUAAUGACGAGAGAGUGAGGGAUGACAUGCAAUACAGAGCCACAGGCUUGAACCUGGGCCGCCCACGUACAUGGGGCAACACCUAACCACGAAGCCAGAGGUUCUCAACUGGUCUGUCUUCAGAACCCACCAGUCUGUCUUACAACAGAUCGCGACCCAGGUUUCCAAAAAACUUCUAACAACACAUGUUUAAUUAAUUGAAUAUGUUGCUGUUUUGGGCUAACCUGACACACCAGAUGGAUUUCUUUCACACAUCCAUCUGGUUAACCUUCCAUAGACAGUGUUUGGGAAAGGGAAGAGCCUUUGAAAAAGAACUUGGAGGGUGAUUGGAUGUAUGUUCUGUCAUGUAUUUACGGGCCAAUCAGAGCGACAAAAAAACGUGACGUAGCCACUACUGCUACAAGGGGUAAACUCAAUAUAGAACUGCAUAACACAGACAAUGGUAACUGUAGACAUGUCAAUACACGACUUUUGUCAUUUUUGAAAAGAAAACAGCUCAAUGCUGUUCUUUGUUCUUUUAACGAUGAAAUGUCA